CGCGUGGUCGCUUCCAAUAAAAUAGCGUCGCGGUAUCGUCGCGUGUUAAUUAAGAUUUCAUUAGCUCUUUUUUUGACCCAUAUUUUUUGUAAUCAUGUAACUAACAAGAUGUAACAUAUAUAGAGACAAACGUAAGUUGAAAAUUGAUAAAGUUGGUAAAUGGAGUAGGAAAGCAGGUUUGCGGAAAUGGGUUAAUAUUUUGGAAAGGAAAUAUGCGAAUAAAACAUGUUUGAAUUAAGAAAUGACAUCUUCCGGAAGUCAUGGCGUCCCAUCCAGGCGACAAAAACGCAUGGGCCCUGCUCCUUUUGCAUCCUUCGAGGAUCUCUCAGACGAGGUGAGAGUACAAGUGGACAGUCCAGAAGAGAAAAUCGAUGCCGGUUCAGUUGUAAGACUUCCGGGUAUCCGCGAGGAUGUAACACCGAGUACUCCAGCUUCAUUAGGAGACAGGGCGGCGUCUCCACAAUUCAUUUAUACGGGUAUAAGUCUGAUUGGGGCGAGUGGCGCGAUGGCAACACCCCAACCGACAACCAAGUCGAGUUUAACUCCAAGCACGCCUAGAAUAGACAUAUCUAGAGCGAGUAGUAGUUCUCAACAUGAAGAUAGCAGAGAUAGUACUCCGGAGAGGGAAUUGUUUGAAGGUCACGAUCCGGCUAGAGCUAAAUUGGGAUUAGGUUUUCGUGAAGAAGGUGCUUUAGAUCUUAGAUCCUCAACUGAAGAAUUAGAUUUUCAAGAUGGAAAGCAAAAAGUCGUUGGAAAAGUCGAAGAAACGGCGAAUCAACAAAGGAAAGAUUCGCAAAGCUCCGAAAUAUGUAUGUUAUCGAUAUCUGGCCGUACUUCGAGGUUGUCGAGUAUCGGAAGUCAAGGUUCGACUCAUAGUAGAGUUUCGAACGCGAGUCACCUUUCGGUUAUUUCCGGUCAAUCAGGAUUAUCUCGAUCGCCUUCUCCGCAUAAAAUGUUGUUGGAAACUUCGUUUUGCGGAACGAAACCAAAUGAAAAUGAACAGAAAGCCGAUCAGAAACAAGGGACCAAACAAGAACCUGACGAUCUUGAGAAGGUUAUUUUAUCACGAAAACAUGAUCCAACUAAAGCUAUUUUAGCUGAAGGAAUAAGCGUUUCACCUAAAAUUAAAAUUCCUGACAAACCAAUUCGCAAAGAAAAACCUUCUAUUACUAUAACUAUAGAUAAACCGCAACCUUCCCCUACAAACAACGUAGAUAAACCGAAAUUACCGAAAACUAUAUUAUCAGCUAGCGGUAUUGAGUAUACUUACAUUCCAUUAAAAGGCCCCCUUCCAGAAGAUCCGCCGGAAGUUCAACAACAAAAAUUGCGCGAAAUUAAAUCAGCACCCACAAGCAAAAGAAAAUCAUCUCAAACUAAGACGAAAUCACCCCAAGAAAGACCAUCAACUAGUUACGAAACAUCCGGGGAUAAAACCCAUCCGAAAUACAUAAGAAUUAAAUUAAAACCAGAUCAUUUAUACGACGACAACGAUCCUUCGUUUCAAAAACCGGACACUUUGGAAUUAAGCGAUACAAACACACCUACUUUAAGCGAAAAAACGAUUAGAUCCGAACCUGGACGAAGUAUUUCUAGUACACCGAGUGCUUCCCCGAAAUUUUCGCGUCACAUUCUUAAAGAACCAUUUGGCAGUAGUAAAAGUCCAUCGCCGUCUUUAUCCCGUAAAAGUUCUUUCGCUUCCUUAUUCAGAAGCAAAGAAGCGAUAAUCAGUCCUGAAUCUCCAACAAUUCCGACGAGGAGAAAAAGCACUUUAUCGGGUAUAAUUAAAGAUGCCGGCGAGAAUUUGCGCGAACGUCGAAGAAGUAGAUCGAAAAGUAGAGAAAGAGAUAAAAAUAGUUUAUCUUUAGCACCCUCAUCUACCGAAAGUAUCGAUAGUAAAGGAAAAAGGAAUGUUUUUUCGCUAUUCAAAGGAAGUGGGAAGAAACCGGUGGAAAAGGCGAGAGAAACGGAUGAUAUUGGAAUUGGUUCUUUGUCGAACGUUGAAUUCAAAUUUAGACCUGAAAGGUGCGAAAUGCCCGGGAAAUACCACGAAACUCCUUUAGAAGGGGACAGUAUACGAAUUCCUCUGCAUUCUCCGACUUAUUACGAACAAAAGGCUUUUCUACAAGAUUUAAGAAGUUCGAGUCAAGGUUCCCAAGAAACCGUCAUUGAAAACAUAAUUAAUAAAGACGAAACUAUACAAAAAAAUGGGGGUGUUCAAGAAUCGACGAAAAAAAUCGAAGAUUUACGCCAAAAUAGUACUAGUAGUGAAAAUGUUGUUUUCUCAACAAGACUUGGAAGCACCAACGAACUUUUCACAACUAAAUUACCUAAACAAAAAAUUGAAGAGGUCGCUAUAGAAACUUAUUCAGUAGAAAAAUCGAUUAUUGAACAAAGCGUCAAUAUUGAAAGUCAAAUUGUUCAAAGUAAAAGUGUUCAUAGUAUGGCUGAAGUUGAAAUAAAACAAAGUAUUAUGAAAACACCUGAAAUUAAUCAAGAAAAUAUUCAAAUAAAAAAAGAUAAAGAGAACGAUAAAGAUGUGUUAAAAGAGAAAGAAAAAGGUGUAAAAAAACGACCAUCAAAACUCCUAAACGAUGAAGACGAGCAUUAUUCAUCCGAAUCAGAACGUGAUUCAGAGAUUGAUUUUGGAAAAAAAGAUAAACAAGAAGAUGAUAAAGUUGGAACACUUCCAGUUGAAAUUGAACGAAAAGGUUUAGUGAUGCUUCAAGAUUCUUUCGAAGACGAACUGCCUUACAUACCAACGACUUUACCACAAGAAAGAUCUGUAGCCGUUCCUAUAGUUCCAAUUAAACAAAGAGGAACAUUCGAAAUGAAAGUGUGUCCUAUCGAAAGACCACGAUCAACAACUCCAAUUAACCCAAGUUGCUUAGAAGAUUAUUGUGAAGAAAUCGCCGAAAAUGUUACAAAAACAAUCGAAAAAUUAAAAAUUUCUUUACCACGUGAAGAUUCCAUUAAAUCGCCGCGCAGACCGAGCAAUACAAAUUGGGCUGAAUUCGCCGAAAAAAAAAUUACCCAAAGAAGAUCUUCAACGACGUCUCAAGAACCGCCGGAAAGUGUACCGCCUCCUUUACCCCCGAAAGGUAUUCAAAAGGAGUGGAUUAAUUUUGAAGAGAUACCUGAGAAGCGAAAACCGCCGAAACGAAUACAAACGAUUCCAUCUCGGGGGAACAUCGAAGUGCCGGAAUCAGUGCUUCACGACAACGUUGUUUAUAGUUACGUGAACCCGGAGGAUUGUAAAUGUGAGUGUCACGAGAUUAACAACGCCCGGGCUAGAAGCAAGGAAAAUCAAAAACAACGAGAUGUUCCCGAACCGAUUGUUGUUCAAGAGGACGAACUUCCGCUUUUACAGGACGAACAGAUUGAAGAGGAAAAACCGUUAGUUCACGGAAAUGUUGAAAGGAUUAAAUUGGAUGUUACAAUUUUGGAUAGGAGGAGUGUUAUAAGUGAUUCUUCCAUUGAUCUAAGCGCAAGUGUUGAGCAUCCUGUUGAAGCGAAUGGUGUGGAUUGUUUAAGGAUGCCAUUUACAAGUGAUUUGGGUGUUUCCAAUAGCAAUAGAUCCAGUAUAGUUUCUCAAGAAGAAACUCAAUCUCCCGAAGGAUCACCAAAUGCCUUUCCAAAAACCUCCUAACGUCGUAAACCGAAACGUGUUUUAGAACAAUCACUCUAUGUGGAAUUAAACGGAUUUUUUCCUCUAAGUAAUAAAGGUAAUUUUUAAAAAGAAACCUCAUCUUCUAAGCGAUUAAAUAAAUAAUUAAAUUGUUUCAAACAAACUAAAGCCCUGAUCCUCCCCCUCAAAAAAAAAGAUUUAAAAAAAGCCUUUUUAUGUACGUAUAUGUGUAGGCCUAUUUCAUGUCCAUUUCUCAAAAUGAAAAGUCACCAUCCAAAGAAAAAAUUAAAAUAAACUGAAAAAAAAAAUGAAAACUUUAAAAAAGUCGAAAAAAAAGUUGUUAUCUAUUUAUUAUUCAAAUUUAGAGACUUGUUAUCCGAAAACUCGCGUGCGCUCGCCAAUUCAGCUUACAGAAUUCGAGAUCAGAUGAAAAAUAGCAAAAAAACUAAUAACGAUUAAGAAUUCUUUGUUGUUAAACUAAAACCAAAUCGCGUUUUUUAAACCAACUCAUCAUUUGUAUUUGUAUAUUGCAAAUAUUUUUUGUACGUUUUUGACGAGUUACAUUGUAUAUUAAUAUUAAUUCGGUGUGUAUUAUAUAUUGUUAAGGUUUGUUGAUUGAUUGGAUUGAGUUGGAUUCGGUUGGCGUUUUUCACAAAAAAAUAAAUCAAUAAAUACAAAACUGGAAUACUAAUAAAGGCGAAGAAAUAAUAAUAAUAAUAACACGAAAAAAACUGCAUGUUUCUUUAAAUCGAUAAGGAGAUGUUAAAUAGUUGAGAUCACGAAAUUCUAUUGUACAGUGACAUUAACAAUAAAUAAAAAUGGAAAAAAUCGGUAAUGAAAUUUA